AGGAGCUGCAGCAGUGAACACGUAUUAACACUGUGCACCUGCAGCUGUGAACAUGGCUUUGGUGAAGUACAUGCUCUGUAUCCAGGUCCUCCUCGUGGUCUCAGAGUCCUCCUGGGCUGAAGACAAGGAUCUGUCUGUCUCCGAGCUCCUGUGGAAGGCCAACAAGGAUGUUGUGCAUACGGAGGACGAGCCAUACGUCAUUGAUGACAUUGCGUACAACAGUGUCAGUGACAGGAAUGCUGAUCCUUGCACUUCCAGAGGAUGCAUGUGGGGCAAAUCAAGUGAUGGCAAGGUCUACGUGCCCUACAUUAUUGCCAGUCAUUACUCUUCUCGUGAGCACUCCAUCAUUGAAAAGGGACUGAUGUCCUUCCAUGACGUCUCCUGCAUCCGCUUCAUCAAGCGAACAAACCAGAGAGACUAUUUGAGCAUCCAAUCUGUCAACGGGUGUUACUCCUAUGUUGGCCGCCGUGGUUACUCCCAGACAGUGUCUCUGGACAGACAGGGCUGCUUGUACCACAGCACCGUCCAGCACGAGCUGCUGCACGCCCUCGGCUUCAACCACGAGCAGUGCCGAUCUGACAGGGACCAGCACAUCCGCAUCUUGUGGGACAACAUCUCAAAAGGUUGGGAAUAUGCCUUUGACAAGAUUAACACUCUGAACCAGAACACCAAUUAAGACUACAACUCAGUCAUGCAGUACCACAGAUAUGCCUUCUCU